AUGUGGACAAUUGGCGUCUCUGUCGAUACCAGCAUCGAGCGCGUCGGGUCCAUUCCGCUUGAUCCUGCGUUGGAAAUCCAUGAGUUUGAUGAGCAUACCGGUUACGUCGUCGACGCCGAAAAGGCGAAUCAGCAUGGGUUGAAGCUGGCCGGCGACGGGCAUACCAUCCUUGUCCCUCAACCUAGCAGUGAUACCUAUGACCCUUUGAAUUGGGGUUCCUUUAAGAAGCACUUCAUUCUUCUUGUCGUCUCAAUGUGUGCCUUUCUCCCAGAAGCGGCGAGCACCACAGGAGCGGUCGGCGUGCUCCCUCAGGCUGCGAUCUGGCGCCUCUCUGAGAACGAAAUCAACCAUGCAACUUCGGGCAAUGUAUUCAUGAUCGGUGCCGGUGGACUGUUUGCUGUGACUCUAUCUGCCUACUUCGAUCGCCUGCCGGUUCUCUUCUGGUCUCUAUUCUUCACCCUGCUGUCGAUCAUAUGGUGUGCCGUGGCAACCUCAUUUGACUCGUACAUGGCCGGUCGGAUCCUAAACGGCUUUUUCGCCGUCGGAGGCGAAGCGGGAGCUACAAUGUGGAUCAACGACAUGUUCUUCUUUCACGACAAAGUCCGGAAAGUUAGGAUUUACGUCUGCUUUAUCCUGAACGCCGUGUUCAUCGGCCCGCUACUCUCGGCUUUCAUGCUCACCACUCAGUCGUGGCGUACCACUUUCUGGCGUGAAACGGGCGAAGUCGCGCUCUGCUUCUGUCUGGUGCUCCUAUUCUUCGACGAGUCCUACUAUGACCGGCGACUGCGGCCGGACCAGCAACCACAAAGGAAGACUCGGCUACACCGCCUCGUGGGAGUUCAGCAGUUCCAAUCGCGACAUACUCGCAAUACGUUGAAGGAGGCCAUUAUGCGUCCAAUCAAGGCCGCCACGAAGCUGACUGUGUUGAUUUCUUUUCUCUAUACCUUCUGCACCUUUGCCUGGUUCGUGGGAAUCAGUGUUACAAGGUCCAUCUUUUUGACCCCUCUCUACCACUUCGGCCUCCUCCAGAUAGGAUAUAUGUUCUUUCUGCCCAUCCUUGGCAAUACCCUUGGCUACGUCCUCGGAGUUUUUUUGCACGACUGGGUUGCGAAGGCAUAUAUCAAACGCCAUCAGGGGCGUUUUGAGCCAGAAGCUCUCCUCUGGAGUAUUUGA